AUGGCUCCUAGUACAGAGCCCGAAUCAAAAGCAGAUGCCGAGGCUCUCAUCCCGCUUUUUCAACUUGAGAAAAUCCUCAACCAAGGCGAGCUUCAACGACAUCUCUUUGAUCAAGCCGGCCGCCGUCUGACCCUCCUCGGCACAAUCAACAGUCUCCCCGCCCUCCUCACCCUCGAGCGGUCCUCGUUCCCCACAUCUCCCAACUCCAUCCCACCCCUCCUGUCACGCCUCACAUCCACCACAAACCUAGGCGCCAACGACAUCUACCGCUGGUAUCUCUCCUCCCUCGCACCUCCUGUUACGUCCGACACAACUACGCCAACAGACCACGACCUAAAGCUCAACUUAAUACACCCCUGCACGCCCCGACACAUCUCAAAGUAUACCCGACAACGCCUCCGACAUGUGACCGAAACACCUUCCAUCUACGCUCAGCAUAUCCGUCCGUACAUCGCCUUCCAGCGCCAAGAAGGGAGAUUGGACUGGAUCUUCAACAUCCUCGAUGGCAAGACCGAGCAAGAGGACGUGAUCUUACGCUCCAACUGGAAUUCUCCUUCUGGAGACGAAGGCUUUCUCCUCCUUCCCGACCUCAAUUGGGAUCGCAAGACAAUCGAGUCGCUCCAUCUGCUCGCCUUAGUCCAGCGUCGAGAUAUCUGGUCCCUUCGUGAUCUCCGCAAGAAGCAUGUUCCGUGGCUGCGGAACUUGAGGACGGAAGUCGUAAAAGGUGCUGCAAGUCUUCGAUUUCCGCUCGGCAAAACCAAUGAUGCCGUAGACAAACAGGAAGGGCAGAAGUCAGCAGCGAUAGACGAGGACGAACUGAAGUGCUACGUGCACUACCAUCCCACCUACUAUCACUUCCACGUGCAUGUCGUGCACGUAAUGCUGGAGGCGGAGGGCGGGACGCAGAACGUGGGCAAGGCAUGGGAACUCGGAGGACUGAUUGCUACACUGGAGGGAAUGGAUGGGACUGGUGGUGAAGAGCAAGGCCUGGACUCUGUAGAUGUGAGUAAUGUUGUUGGGGAGGAAAGUGAAUUGUGGAAAGGGCUCUGGGGGCCUUUGAAGCGUGGGCAGGAAGUCACCCUCAAUGCAGGGACGAAAUAG